AUGGGAAGGCCUCCUUGCUGCGAUAAAGUCGGUAUCAAGAAAGGUCCAUGGACUCCUGAGGAAGAUAUCAUUUUAAUUUCCUACAUACAAGAACAUGGUCUGGGGAAUUGGCGAUUAGUACCUACCAACGCCGGUUUGUUGAGGUGCAGCAAGAGUUGCAGGCUUAGGUGGACUAAUUACUUGAGACCUGGAAUCAAGAGGGGGUACUUCACUCCACAUGAAGAGGCGAUGAUAAUCCAUCUCCAAGCCUUAUUGGGAAACAAAUGGGCAGCUAUAGCUUCAUACCUUCCACAAAGAACAGAUAAUGAUAUCAAAAACUACUGGAACACUCAUCUAAAGAAAAAGAUCAAGAAAUUUCAAUCAGGUUUGGAUACACAACUGGCAUCUGAUCUGACCACUUAUCGAUUUCUGUCCACGAGUUAUAACGAAAAGGUCCUCAACAGUAGCAGCCGGUAUGACUCGUCAAGCGAUGUCAGGUUAACCGAAAACUUAAAUUCGAUAUACGCCUCAAGCGCAGAGAAUAUAUCCCGACUACUCGAAGGAUGGAUGAAAUCAUCCCCAAAGAUCAGUCCUCUAAACAAUCCUACUGCUGAAUGUUGUGAGGUUACUACUACUACUACUACUCCUACUGCAGAAUCAUUUCAUUACUACAGACUGAGGGUUGAUAAGCAAGAGGGAUAUAAAAUAAUUCCAAGUAUUGAAUUUGAAUCAAUUUUGUCAUUUGAUCAAAACAUAAAUGGAUUGGCCUGUGACAAGUCAACUUGGGAUUCUAGUCAAAAGGGCUCUGAAAUAAGUGGAAGUGAUGAAGAAAAAGUUAAUUUAGUUGUGCAUGAGCAGAAGCCAAAGAUGGAAAACAAUCUUCCUUUAUCAUUUCUUGAGAAUUGGCUGCUGGAGGAAUCUGCAAAUCAUGAAGGAGAAGAAGCUAUGGGACUUCCACCAAUAUUCUAG